GUGUGGAGCUGCAGCAGAGACGAACAAGACCGAGAGCUCAAAACUAAAGCAAACUACUGCGGGGGUCUUGGUGUCUGGAGCCAUGUGGAGGUGGCUCAGCUUGACUCUGGCUCUCUGCCUGCUCCCGGGCGGCGGUGCAGAGAGCGUAGAAGAUGGACCCCGGUGUAAGCUUCCACCCUCCUGGAAGGUCGGAGAGACAGAGCCCAUGCAGGGUGCCAUGGGACGGGUGACGGUGGUUGCUUUUCUUCAAGCCAGCUGAUUGUUUUGCCUGGUGCAGGCGUCCAGAAUGGACGCGCUGCGCCUGAAGCUGGAGAAGCUGGGUUACUCUAACAUCUCUUACAUGGUGGUGAACAGUCGCGAUGAGCAGGCACGGCAACUCCACUCCCUGCUGGACAAGAGGCUGUCAGAGCAAAUUGUUCUCUACGCCCAAGACCUGGAGCAGCCCGACGUCUGGACGACAAUGAAGGCAGAGAAGGACGACUUCCUCAUCUAUGACAGAUGUGGCCGGCUUACUUUCCAUAUAUCCCUUCCAUACUCGAUUCUGAGCCAACCACAUGUGGAGGAGGCCAUUAAGAAGACCUACUGCGAUAGAAUCUGCGGAGAUUGCUCGACAGAGGGCACUGAGCGCCCUGCAGAGUGUAGCAACACCGCAGAGGUCAAGCCAGAGGAAGCUCAGACUCCUGUAGUGACUAGAGAGGACGACCAGGGUCAGUCCCACGGUCACGGUCAUCAUCACGGUCACCAUCAUCAUCACGGUCGUCAUCACGGUCAAGAUCAUGAUCCCUCUGAAGGGCUGGGUCAUGGUCACCACGGUGACAGACAUCGUGGUCACCAUGGCCACGAGGGGCACCAGCACCAUCACGGUCAACACCAGCACGAGCAGCCUCCCCACGUGAUUGUCAUAGGGCAGGGCCAGCAGGGUCUUUCACAGGGCCAGGUGCCGCAAGAUUUCGCCCCGAUAGUUAGGCAGCCAUGAGACAAGCAGGUCAGGUGAAAGGCAGAGUUCAGCUGACAGUGGAAGGUCGAGUCUCCCAGUGAAGACUCUUUCACCACCUCCAGCUGACACUGACACUGACGGCGGCUGUUCGGCAGCGAGGAGGGCCAACGUCUCUCGGUCAGCUGACAGUGCGACGAAGCCCUGCCGGCUUCCUGAAACUGACAGGACCUGACGGGGCUUAACGGCCACGGCAGGGAGACCUGACAGUGACGUUCAGCCCCCGCUGCCUGACAGCAGCCAAAACACACCUGAACCUGAGCACAAGGAGCCAGCAGCUGAGCUUGACAGGAGAUCUAAGAAGGGACGCCCCCCCCCCCCCCCCCCCCCCCGCAACCACUACACCACUCCCCCCAGCCCCUUCCCAAAUCAAGCUCAGUAGCUGGCAUACCAACAAGUAUUUACACCUCAGUGUGAAGCAGCCACCCCACUGCGACAGGAAGCUUGAGGCCCCAUCUUAGUAAAACAUAGUUCAACAUAAUUAGAGAUUCCACAGUUGCAAUAUAUAUAUAUAUAU